AAAAUGAAAUUACUAUUGACGAUGGAUACUUUGGAAUCCGUAAUGGUAUUGAAACUGUGGAUGCUGGGUGGCUGACAUGUCAAACAGAAAUAAGAUUACGUCUGCAUUAUUCUGAGAAACCACCUGUAGUGAUAUCUAAGAAGAAAUUUAAAACAUCAAGGUUUAGAGUAAAAUUGACUCUAGAAGGCCUAGAGGAAGAUGAGGAUGAUGAAGAGGGCCAACAGAAAACAUCCCCCACUGUCCCUCAGAAGAUGGCAAACACUGUGGAGUUCUCCUUAAUAAGUAACACCGAAUAUAAAUGUCGACACUCUCAGCCAGACUGUGGCUAUGCUUUGCAGCCAGACCGAUGGAUAGAAUACACUAUACAAACUAUGGAGCCUGAUAACUUGGAAUUAAUCUUUGAUUUUUUUGAGGAAGAUUUAGGUGAGAAAGUAGUACAAGGUGAUGUGCUCCCAGGUCAUGUAGGUUCUGCCUGCCUCCUGUCAUCCACAAUUGCAGAACUUGGAAAGCGUGCUGGAGUUCUUACACUUGCUAUUAUGAGCAGAAAUCCAAGGAAGACAAUCGGAAAAGUUAGAGUGGACUACAUAAUUAUUAAGCCGAUCCAGGGCUAUGCUUGUGAUAUGAAGGCUUCAUAUGCAAAAUAUUGGAAACCAAGAACAACUCUAGAUGUUGGACACAGGGGAGCAGGAAAUUCUACAACAACAGCUAAACUUGCUAAAGUUCAAGAGAACACUAUUGCCUCUCUGAGGAAUGCUGCUAGUCACGGAGCAGCAUAUGUGGAAUUUGAUGUACAUCUUUCUAAAGAUCACGUGCCUAUUGUAUACCAUGAUCUUACAUGUUGCAUGGCCAUGAAAAAGAAACUGGAUACAGAGCCUUUGGAACUGUUUGAGAUUGCAGUCAAAGAACUCACGUUUGAUCAGCUGCAGUUAUUGAAGCUGGCUCACGUGACUGCCCUGAAAGUAAAAGAUCACAAUGCAUCUUUUAAAGAUGAAGAAAACUCUGCUUUUGAGACCCAGCCAUUUCCUUCUCUGCAGAGAGUCCUGGAGUCUGUUUCUGAAGAUGUUGGGUUCAACAUAGAAAUAAAAUGGAUCUGUCAACAAAGGGUAAGUAAAUGCACGUGUGAUUUGCUUUGA